GCCCGCGCCUCCGCUCCCGUCCUCACCUCGUCCAUUUCCUUGGCCUGCUUCUUGGGCUGUUUCAGGGGCUUCUUUUUGCCACCUGUGGGCGACACGAGCAUGCUCGGCCCAUCCCCGCCAUCCACCGCCCUAUUCGUUCUUCCCCGUCCAUCCGUCCCCCAGACUCCAAACAGCCUUACCUUCCCGGCCCGACAUGGCGCCUCCAGACACCCCCUUCUCCAGACCCUGAUCCUAAGCCGGAAACGGAGCUUACUACUGGCGCCUAUGCCGCGCGGCGGGCUCGCUGAUUGGCUUCCAAGCAGGAAGUUACCCUCACGUUUUUUAAAGGACGCGCUCUCCAGGGGAGGGUGCUACCCGGUCAGAGGUCAUUUGAGUGGCAGCCGCGGGGCUUACCGCUGGAGCCUAAUAGGCUUAGGCUCUUAAGCUCCUCCAAUGACACGGUACAACCCCGUGUUUGCCAUGCAGCACAUUGUGGGCAUGCCCCAUGUACUGGUACGGAAAAGCUUCUUGGGAAUGGACCUCCUUGUGACAAGGACUCUAUGCAGUCCUGGUCCCAACCAGCCCAGAGAGAAGCGACCAGAGGCCGCAGCCUUAGGGUUGUAUCACCGCCUCCCCACACUGGGAAGAACACUGGGCCACACCAUUCAGCAGCAAGCAGCCUCUACAGCCAAGGCUUGGUGGGACAGAUACGAAGAGUUUGUGGGACUCAAUGAAGUUCGAGAGGCCCAGGGGAAUGUAACCGAGGCAGAGAAAGUGUUCAUGGUGGCUCGUGGCCUUGUCCGAGAGGCUCGGGAGAAUUUAGAGGCACAGCAGGCUAAGCUGAAGGAGGUGAGGGACCGUUUGGAUCGGAUCUCCAGGGAGGACAACCAGUACCUGGAACUGGCCACUGUGGAGCACCGGAUGCUGCAGGAGGAGAAGAGGCUCCGAGCAGCAUACGUGCAUGCAGAAGACUCAGAGCGGGAGAAGUUCUCUCUCUUCUCCGCAGCUGUGCGGGAGAGUCAUGAGAAGGAGCGCACGAGGGCCGAGAGAACUAAGAACUGGUCCCUCAUUGGGUCAGUCCUCGGAGCUCUGAUCGGUGUGGCUGGCUCCACCUAUGUUAACCGUGUCCGGCUACAAGAACUGAAGGCCUUACUCCUGGAGGCACAGAAAGGACCUGUCAGUCUCCAGGAGGCUAUCCGUGAACAGGCUUCUAGCUACUCCCUCCAGCAGAGAGACCUCAAGGACCUUAUGGUGGAUCUGAGGGGCCUGGUGCACGCCGGGCAGGGCCAGGGCUCCGGGUCACCAACAGGGUCCUCUUCUACCCAAGGGAAGGACAUAGAAACCCUUUCAGCUGCCAUGAGAGAACAGCUCAGUCAUUCUCGGCAGGUCCGUUCCUGCCUAGAGGGUUUACAAGAGCAGCUUGAUGGCCUGGAAAAGACUUGCAGCCAGAUGGCUGGGGUGGUUCAGCUUGCAAAGGCUGCAGCACAUCUAGGCCCGGUAGAUCCAGUAGAUGGGACCCUGCCCAGCUCUUUGCUGGAACAAGGGAGCAUGGUCUUGGCCCUGUCCGAUAUGGGGCAGAGGCUAGAAGCACAAGUCAACAGAAAUACUAUCUGCAGCACGCUGGUCACCUGUGUGACCUUUAUGGCCACAUUGCCUGUGCUCUACAUGCUCUUCAAGACCAGUUAGCCCUGGGAUCCUUCCUCAGAGGGGCCUAAGGGUGAAGGUGGCUGUUGGUGGUGAUAUAAUCAGUCUUAAGGCGCAUAUAGCCUCAGACUAAGUGUCAUCUAAGGAGCUGACCAGCAGGUGUUUUUUUAUUUUGUAGGUAAUACUUAUUUACAUAAUUAUCAAAACUUUCUGUAAAUGUUCAAUUAAAAUAUCUAAGAAUUUGUAUUA